AUGCACAACACGCAGAACACGUGCCGAGCUCGGAGUUACAUGCUGACCGAUGAGGAUCAGAAGACGUUGAUGGUGGCGAGCGAGGGAGAGAUGAUCCAUUUGAAGCAUCAGUCCGCACUGUACCAGGAUCCGGUGCUCAACUACGGAAGUCUGAUUGUCCAGAGAACCGACGUCGACGUCGACUUUGCCAACAGCACCAGGGAGCUGGUGGGUCCCGCUGUCAGAUUUGUGCUAUUAUGUUUUGGUUCGCAGAUCGAUGAGCCGAACAACCCGGUGGAAUCGUUGGCUCCGCUCAAAAGAAACAAAGAUCUGGAAAGGGAGAAGAAGCGAAAGAUGAAGGAGAGAAAAGAGGCGGUCAACCAACUGGCGCGUCCGACCGAAAGCGCCGAACGUCAGAACAUUUUCGCGCGAAUAAUUCCGGAACGAUUGACGACGGCGUCGCGCAAGAUUCAGAAACGGACGCCGACGCUAAGGGAGCGCACUUUGGACGUGGCGACGACCGUUGAGGACGACAAGACCGGCCAGAGACCGCUGACGAGACGGCUGGGACCGCAGAAGGGAAUGCGGAACCUGCUGGUUGGCAGCGAGACGGCUCUGCUCAAGAUGCCGUCGCAGGAGACUGUUCCGAAGAGACAGUCGAUAACUAAGAGUGAGAAUGUGGGUAGGGACAGCAGAAAUUGAAACGAUUUCAGGACACCGUCGGAGCAUCUCGAAAGAAGACAACCGAACUCAGGAGGAGACGAAUCCACUGCCGAUGAGAACUCAGGAAGACACGACAGUUCGGAAGCCACUUGUGUAG